AUGAAUUUUACCGGAUUCUUAAAUGAUAAUAAUGAAAGUAUCUUUAAGAAUUCUUAUGUAGACAAAACAGGACGUAAAACAUGGUGGUACGCAACACAUUUCCAGACAAUUGGAGCUCGACAAAUAUUUCCAUGUUGGGACGAACCGAAAUUCAAAGCAACUUUUCAUAUUUCAAUAAAACAUCGUAAAGAAUACACAGUUUUAUCGAAUAUGAAUUAUAACAGAAAAAUUUAUUCAAUUAAUAGCAAAAUGCAAUGGACGCAUUUCGAUAUCACUCCUGAAAUUUCCACUUAUCAAGUGUAUUUUGCGGAUUUUCGUACGUCAGAUUUAUUCGUAGUGCAGAUACAACAACAAUCUCUCCGUUUAGACAAUUAUUCCAUUAUGAAGCCUCUUUCAUCAGAGAUCAACAUACCCUCCGAAAUUCAUUCCCUACUUUCUUUUUCCUAUUACACAAAAGGUCCUGCUAUAUUACGUAUGUUGCAACAUGUUCUCACUCAUGAAAUAUUUAGAAAAGGAAUUGAGAAAUUCCGUGAAACAAAAUCUGCAACACUCAAUAAUUUCUACAACAAUAUGCAGAUUGUCUAUGAUAGAGAAGAAGAAUUCAAUAUGAAAUAUUUUAUUAUAGAAGAUAUGAUAAAUUCUUGGGUGAUAAAUAAACAUUAUCCUGUAUUAAAAGUUACAAAUGAAAUUUCUAACUUGGAAAUAGAAAUAGAAAAUUACGACAGUUUAGAUCUAAAACAUUUGUGGUGGAUACCUAUAACAGUAACUAAGCAGACCAAACUCGAUUUUACAAUAUCCAAGAAUACAUAUUAUGAAGAAUGGAUAUCAAAUGAGUGGAUACAAAAAUAUUUUCGAAAAUCUCUUAACUUUUCUGUUGAAGAGGAUGAAUGGUACAUAAUUAAUUUACAACAAAUUGGAUAUUAUCGUGUUAAUUACGAACUCAAGAAUUGGCAAAAUAUUGCGAGAUAUCUGAAAUCUACGAAAUAUACAAACAUACAUGUUCUCAAUCGGGCUCAAAUUAUUGAUGAUGCAUAUUACUUCGUGAAGGCAGGCACACUUAAUUUUUCUAUAUUCUUGGAACUCACAGAAUAUUUAUCUCGAGAGACAGAUUAUAUCGCAUGGUAUCCUAUGUUUAAAGCUCUCGAAGACAUAUCAAGCAUUUUUCCAUUUCAAGAUAAAAAAUUUAAUGUUAUCAAGACGAAAAUCUUGAACAGUUUGAACGGACUUUUUCAAAACAUCAAUUAUGAUAAAAAACUUAACAAAAAAACUGACGAUUUAAUUGACUGCUUAAAACAAGAAGCUAAUAAAUGGGCAUGUGUUCUCAGUGCGUCAAAUUGCAUGAAAACAGCCGAAAUCAAAUUGCAUGAAUAUCUCACGAAUACUACAGAAAACAAGUAA